AUGGUUGGCCUCUUCCCCAAUUCAGCUGCCCUGCACGAGGCAAUGCACCCCACCUCGCCCUUCUACAGGCCAAGCGCUAGGCCAGUCGAACACCCAAAGCAGCGGCCUAUCUUUUCAGCAUGGAGUGCGGCCGAGACGGCAAAGGAGAAAGCGGUUGAGCUGAGUGAAGCUGCUCAGAAGGAGUACAACAAAGCCAGUCAGAAAGCUCAAGCCAAAGCUGGUGGUAUCGAGCUAUACUCGGGUAAAUACUAUGCAGCAUGCACAGUCGGCGGUAUCCUUGCCUGCGGCACAACACAUACAGCUGUCACCCCACUUGACUUGGUCAAGUGUCGUCGUCAAGUCGAUUCGAACCUCUACAAGGGUAAUUGGGAAGCUUGGAAAAAGAUUGGCAAAGCCGAGGGUGUUCGCGGUAUCUUCACCGGUUGGGGCCCAACCUUUGUUGGAUACUCUGUUCAAGGUGCUGGAAAGUACGGAUUCUACGAAUACUUCAAACAUCUCUACAGUGGACUUGCAGGUGAAGAGAACGCCGCCAAGUACAAGACAGCCAUCUUCUUGACCGCUUCGGCCUCGGCCGAAUUUAUUGCCGAUGUUGGUCUCUGUCCCUUCGAAGCAGUCAAGGUCAGAAUGCAAACCACGAUCCCGCCAACCUUCACCGGAACCCUCCAAGGAAUCAAUUCGAUCACCGCGAAAGAGGGAGUUGCAGGUCUAUACAAAGGUCUUUACCCACUCUGGGGUCGCCAGAUUCCAUAUACCAUGAUGAAAUUUGCCUCGUUUGAAACCAUUGUCGCCGCGAUCUACGACUAUCUUCCUGGACAAAAGUCAGACUACAACAAGGGAGCACAAACCGGAGUAGCCUUCGUUGGUGGUUAUAUGGCUGGUAUUCUCUGUGCUAUUGUGUCACACCCUGCCGAUGUCAUGGUCAGCAAGUUGAAUGCAGAUCGUGGUGCCGGUGAAGGCUUUGGGGCCGCAGUGAGCCGUAUCUAUGCCAAGAUUGGUUUCGGUGGCCUCUGGAAUGGUCUGCCUGUCAGAAUUGUGAUGAUUGGAACAUUGACCGGUCUGCAAUGGAUGAUAUACGACUCGUUCAAGAUCUUUAUGGGUCUGCCGACGACUGGAGGCGGCGACGACAAGAAGACGGCAAAGGCUUGA